AUGUCGACCAAUACUUUGAAUAACUUCAAACGAACCGCUUAUGACGUUUCGGGCUGUUUGCACAAAAAAAAGAGGAAGAUGAAAGAGGGAAAAAUGAAAGAGACUCUCUUAGUCAAAAUAAAAGAGAAAAAGGAAGUUCAUUCAAUCGUCGAUGACUUGUCUAUAAGAUUAGGCUCUGUUGGUGAAGAAUGGUUGACCACUAGUGCCGUCUCACCAAAGUAUUUUGAAUUCACUCCAAUUGAAAUGUUUGCUAUAACCAAACGUCUUGGUCUAGCAGAACCUACAGCUCCAGAUUCGAAAAUGGCUGCUGAUAUCGGCAACACCAUAGACUUUCUGCAUCGAGUAAGGGCUCUUAAGGUACGAGGUGCUAAAGGUUAUGUAGGCAGUUCCAACAUAGUCUGGAACUCGUUGGAAUUCAGUUUACAGUUUUGCAAAAGUUUAUUAGCCUUAUGGAUAACGGAUUCGGAUGUUUUACGGAUCAAAAGUGUUUGGACAUUGAAAGAUAGUAUACGACGUCUGGUAAUUCAUUAUUCAAUGAAACAAAUCAAGGAUCUUCUGCUUGAUGAAGAGCCUCCCAUUCCAAUUUCUGAGAUGGAAGCAUGGACAAGCUUGGAAGAAGCUGAUUUUUCUUUUAAUGAAGUGGAAGAAUUGGAUGAAACAGUCAGAUUACUUGGGAAAGUACAAGUUUUGAAUUUAUCACACAAUAGUCUCAAGGAUAUUGGUCCUCAUUUGCAACAUUUAACCAAUUUAACUGAACUUAACUUAUCGCACAAUAGCAUCAAUUGUGUGAAAGACUGGAAUUUAGUUCUGGGAAACAUCAAAAAACUAACUUUGGCAGGAAAUCAAAUAGAGAAUGUUGAAGGCUUAUCAAAACUGUACUCUUUGGAGUAUCUUGAUCUGAAGGAAAAUAAGAUUGAGACUAUCGAAUCUAUGCAGUCGUUGGGAAGAUUGCCAUGCUUGGAAGUUCUUAUUCUACGAGGGAACUUGGUUCGGAAAAUAGUCGACUAUAGGAGCAAAGCUUUCGAAGUUUUCGGUGAUCGCGCCAAGGAGAUUCAAUUGGAUAGUCGAUUAGCAGAUGCUCGAGAACUGGACACGGUUCGAGUCCGAUUAGCUUUGAAGCAAGCUAAGCUGGAAAAAGAGGAAAAAGAACGAAAACGUCGAGAACGUAUCAAAGAGAGAGUUAGAUAUAUCAGUGGCGAGGUUGAUAGUUUGAAGCCUGGCUCCCUAUAA